CAUCGAAUCUCCAUCCAACGGCUUAAGUUGAGCCAACCCUUCCCUAUUACAACAUAAAUGCAUAUCAAGGGUUCCGGUCCAAAUCUCCAGAUUCACUAUUUCUAGCAAACCGAACAAAAGGGGAGAAAAAAGAAACCCGAAAAAAUUUUGAAUAGAAAACCUCUCUGUUUCUUGGAUAGUGCUAACGUGCGCGGUUUUAGAAAAGGCGCUGGUUUAACGUGCGCCGUCUGAGAUGUUGCCGGCCGCAUCAAGAACGACGGUUGUGAUAAGAAUCUCACGGUACAGGAAAGGUCAGUGGUGGUGAAAGUUAGUUAAUUCAGACGGUUGCCGUAUUUUUGGGGUGGGACCCAACCGGAAAUAGAAGUUAAAAAAGAAAAAAGAAACAAGAAAAGAAAUGGAGGGCCAAAAGAGCCAGGCGAAGCUAACACGAACACAGUCGUCGUUGCUUCGUUCAUCACCGACCGUCCGAUCGUCCAUUCACAGUAUGUCUUCCAUUACCGAAGGUGCUUUUAUCAAAGACCAAGAAGAAAAAGACGACUACCAACAUCGAGAAUCGUUACUAAAAGACGAGAAGAAAAAGAAGCCGCCACCAAAGAUGUCAUGUUCGAUGUCACCGAGGAAUAUUUCGAUCCGGUUCAAACCGGUUUUCGCCAUGGUCUCAAUCUCUUUCUUCACUUUUUUCUCUUUCAUCUUCUUCUUUUGCUAUUAUCUUAAAAGAGAGGGAAUUCCCACAUCGGAAAACCUCUUAUUAGCCUUAAUCUUCGUUGCUAUAACCCUCUUUUUCGCUUCGAAACACAAAGCUUUAAUCAACCAAGGCAUUGUUUGUUUCAAAGAAAGACUCCACCUUUCAAAACCCAAUUCGAAGCCUGUCCAAUGGUUCAUUGGAGAAACCCAAUGUAACAAAAACAACAACAACAAAGAAAAAGAAAGGCUUCAUCUGGUUGUAAGAGAAGGGGUGGAGUUUUAUAGCAAUGGUGACUUCUAUGAAGGUGAAUUUCAUAAGGGAAAAUGUAAUGGGAGUGGGGUUUAUAACUAUUUUGUGAAUGGGAGAUAUGAAGGGGAUUGGGUUGAAGGGAGAUAUGAUGGGUGUGGGGUGGAGAGUUGGAGUAGAGGGAGUAGAUAUAGAGGGCAGUAUAGACAGGGCUUAAGGCACGGAUUUGGGGUUUAUAGGUUUUAUACAGGGGAUUCUUAUGCUGGUGAAUGGUGUAAUGGGCAAAGUCAUGGUGUUGGUGUUCAGACUUGUGCUGAUGGGAGUUGCUAUGUUGGGGAAUUCAAAUCUGGGGUUAAACAUGGGCUUGGCUACUACCAUUUCAGAAACGGAGAUAAAUAUGCUGGUGAGUAUUUUGGAGACAAAAUGCAUGGAUUUGGCGUUUAUCACUUUGCUAAUGGUCACUGUUAUGAGGGAUCUUGGCAUGAAGGUCGAAAGCAAGGGUAUGGCAUGUAUACUUUCCGGAGUGGUGAAACGAGAUGUGGUGAGUGGGAUUCCGGCACCCUUAAAACCCCUCUACCCCAACUAACUGAUGCAGUCCUUAGAGCAGUUCAGGCUGCUAGAAAAACAGCAGCAAAUGCUAUUAGCCUUUGCCGGGUGGAUGAACAAGUGAACAACGCAGUUCUUGCUGCAAAUAGGGCGGCAACUGCUGCUAGGGUAGCCGCAAUCAGAGCUGUUCAGAACCGGAUGGAUGGCAAAUUUUGUGAUACAGAUGUCUGAGAGAUUAGCUUUGCUUCAAAAUGUAAAAUUUUUUAACUAAUUUUAUCUAUUUGGAGAGGUCACCCUGGUGAGCAAAAGCUCAUUGGAGGUUGAGAGAUUGUGUUUGAGGUUUCAUUGAUCACAAAUGUAACUUGUACAUAGCUCUUUUAUAUCAAUGGAAGACGUGUUUUCAGCAGGUUUAUAUCUUUUUCCUUGACAUAUCCAUCCUUUUCUAUAUAAGCUUUUUUGUGGGUCUGAUUGAACUUGCUUCAUUAAUCUGUUUUCCCCUGCAAUUACAAGGUCAUUGGUUUGAUCCCAUCCUGUCUCUCGUAUUAUUGUAAUGAUCAAUAACAACAAGCCAUCAACAAUUUGAAUGUCUUUUUCUGCUAAUUUUGAAUAUCAUCUCUCCGUUCCAUUAGUUGA